UGUCCUAUCUGCACACAAGCCUUCGUUCAGGACGAAGAUGUUCGCGUCCUCCCCUGCGGUCACAUGCACCACAAGAGUUGUAUAGACCCGUGGCUGUUGGACUUUAGUGGGACUUGCCCGGUGUGGUUGGUGAAUCUGCUCCCC